UAGUAGUAGUAGUAGUAGAAGAAGAAGAAGAAGAAGAAGAAUCGUCUGCACAUCACCAGUCCCCACUGUUUACCAUCGCCCAGCUAGCCUUACCAAACAGAACUUUCCACCGUUGUGGUCAUACAGGAAACCAUCAACGGGUGGAGGAUGGCCAAACGAGUUAAACCAAGCUAGCAAUGACUGUAAUACAUUGUUUUUUAUUCUGUAAUAGUAGUCAUCUAUCUGUAGCGUUAACUGAGGAAAUGCUAGUAGCAGUUAGCAUUUAGCACCGAGGCUCUCUGGACCCUCCUUAUGAAGUUUUUUUAUUGAUGCGGAAUUUCCCUUUUAGAGAGCUAAUUGUCACUAGCUGUAGUUUCUUCAAACCACCGGCCAACGCCAAGCAGCUUGCAACUUUCGUAUUUUGAGGAUGGACAAGUUUGUAGUGCGGCUCACCAACGGGGGGGCGCCUACGAAACCAAAAGGCAACGAGAAGGUUUACAAACAAGCCACAAUCGAAUCUCUGCGGAGGGUGGUGGUGAUCGAGGACAUCGUGCGCUACAAGUCCAUCCUGGAGCUGCCGGAACAGCGCAAGGACGACCUGCUGACCGCCUUGACCGAGCUGAGCAAGAAGAUCCCGUCCAGGGAGGUGCUCAAGUCCACCAAGAUCGGUCACGCGGUCAAUAAAAUGCGGAAGCAUCUGGAUCCGGAGGUGAGUUCAAUGGCUGCCAAGGUUUACACGGACUGGAGGACAUUCAUCGAGGCGAAUUCUAAUAAGCCGGCCAUUGAAGUGCGCUCGGACAAACAAUCUGAAGGCCUCAGGAGCAACGCCACAAGGCUGCUGUCUGAGGCCCUAGAGGUCAAGGAGGAUUCUGGUCUUAUAGACAACAUCGAGAGAGAAGUGUUUCACCAGAGCUCCCGGUUAGUCAGCAGCUCAUACAGACGGACUGUUAGAGCGCUGGUGUUUGCCUUCAAACACAACACUGAUAUCCGAACACAAGUGAAGGACAACUCCGUCUCCGUCAAACAGCUGGUGUCUAAAUACAAGAAAUAACUGGCAUUGAAACCAUCAGGUGGUUUUAUUUCAAAGUUGUCUGUUCUCUUGAUGCAUACAUGCUUUUCUUUCUUUUUUUCCAUUUUCUUUAUUUUCUGUUAAGUGGAUACAAAAUAUUAUUACAUUUUAUGGCGCAUCAGCAGCUUUAUGAUGCUUUGUUGUGUAUUUAUUGUUGGUGUUAAUUAUAAUGUCAUCGCAUACUGGAACCAUACAGUUUUUUUUGUUCAUCUUUUUUUAAAUUUUUUUUUUAGAACAAUUUUAUACAAAAUACAAUUGAAAAUGA